GGUGGGAUGGGGAUUGGAGUGAAAUUCCCAGCCCUGCUAGCGCCUCCAUCUUCCCCAGAGGCUGACGCUGCUCUGCACCUGCUGCAGGAUGCCUCGUUGGGCUCUCUGACUGUGUACGUGGUCCCUGAAACCUCCUCUCUCCUGCCUCAGGGCAUCAGCGUCUACGUGGGGAAGCACCGCAGCGCCCUGGUAAGGGCUGGGGGGGGCCUGGCCACCCUCCGCACCCGCAUCCGGCAGCUCACGCAGGUGAUGUCCUUCACGGCCAGCUCCAUUGCCGCCGCCCUCUCAGACCGCGUGCCCGAUGGCCAGCUCAGCCCUGACGCCCGGCGGCACUUGAAAUCCAGCCUGGGGUAUGAGAUCACCUUCAGCCUGCUAAACCCCGACCCCAAGUCCCACACCGUGGACUGGGACAUUGAGGAUGCUGUGAACCGGUACGUGCAGCCCGUCCUGGACAAACUGAGCUUGGUGGCCAACUUCUCUGUUGACUCGCAGAUCCUGUACUACGCCGUCCUAGGAGUGACACCACGCUUUGACAAGGAGUCCUCCAGCUUCCUUCUGAGCGCCCACAGCCUCCCGCACGUCAUUAACCCUGUGGAGGCCAGGCUGGGCUCCAGCGCUGCCUCACUCUACCCCGUCCUGAACUUCCUGCUGUACGUGCCGGAGCGCUCCCACUCCCCUCUGUACAUCCAGGACAAGGAUGGAACCCCAGUGAGCACCAACGCCUUCCACAGCCCCCGCUGGGGCGGCAUCAUGAUUUACAACGUCGAAGCCCCUGCUUCCCCCCAAGCCUCCCUCCCGCUGCAUGUGGACGUGGACAUGGUGCGAGUGAUGGAGGUUUUCCUGGCCCAGCUCCGGUUACUGUUUGGGUUAUCUCGGGAGGAGCUGCCUGCUGAGUUUCUGCUGGAGAGCCUGGGGAACGAGGGGCUGGCCGACUGGGAGCUGGACCGCCUGCUCUGGGCCCACACCGUGGAGAACAUCGCCACUGUGUCCACCACCUUGACCUCGCUGGCCCAGCUCCUGGACAAGAUUGGGAAUAUUGUCAUCAAAGACGAUGUUGCCUCUGAGGUGUACCGAGCGGUGGCCUCGGUGCAGAGUGCCAUGGCCGAGCUGGCCACGGGCCACCUGCACUCGGCUUUCCAGGCCAGCAAGGAGGCAGUCACCUCCUCGGAGCGGGCCUUCUUUGACCCAUCUCUCCUCCAUCUUCUCUACUUCCCCGAUGACCAAAAAUUUGCCAUCUACAUC